CGCUGCUGCUGCCCUCCAUAUGAGACACAAUCCCGUUGGGGAGGACGGAACUCCUGCGCAGCGAGCAGGGAAAUGCAUACACUAACUUAAUUUAUAAGCACAGGUUUUUUUUUCUUCUUCUUCCAAGACAACCGCCAAGGAAGACAUUCCACAGUGGGCUGUACUGUCGCUUAUCCGAAGAGAAGAAAAAACAAAAUAACUUCCUGACAUGGAAGAAGGCUCCGUGAAAGCUUGACAACCCGGUGAAUCGAGUUUACGAAAGUGCUCUCAUAUUUCAGCUGUCUGUCAGCUGGGCUAGUCGCUCGCUCGAAGCUGCUGAACGAGAAAUGAACUCUUUGGACCGCUAAUCAGUCGGUGGACUUUGACAGCAUUUUUCUUUACAGCCAGCAGCCGCGACACCGUAAUCACACCGUAAAUAACAGGAGUUGUUCCUCAAGUCCGCGGCAAUGGGGGAGCAGCCGAUCUUCACCACCAGGGCCCACGUCUUCCAGAUUGACCCUAACACCAAGAAGAACUGGGUCCCUGCCAGCAAGCAGGCUGUCACCGUCUCCUAUUUUUAUGACAGCACGCGCAACAGCUACCGCAUCAUCAGUGUGGAUGGAUCCAAGGUGAUUAUCAACAGCACCAUCACACCCAACAUGACCUUCACCAAGACAUCGCAGAAGUUUGGCCAAUGGGCCGACAGCAGGGCCAACACUGUCUUUGGCCUGGGCUUUGCCUCAGAGCAGCAACUGGCCAAGUUUGCUGAGAAGUUCCAGGAGGUGAAAGAAGCAGCCAAGCUAGCGAGGGACAAAUCUCAAGAGAAGGUGGAGACAUCGAGUAAUCACUCCCAGGAGUCUGGCCGUGAGACCCCAUCAACCAACCAGGCAUCAAGCAUCAAUGGGACAGAUGACGAGAAAAUCUCCCAUGUGGGUCCGGAUGCUGCUCUACUGAAGAGCGAGAAUGAUCGCCUCAAGAGUGCCGUGGAACAAAGCAACACCAACGCCAAGAAGUGGGAGACAGAGCUACAGACUUUAAGAGAGAAUAAUGCUAGACUGGUGGAUGCACUGCAGGAGUCAUCGGCUAAUGUAGAAAGCUGGAAGAAACAACUUGGCGCCUGCAAGGAGGAGAGUGACACUCUCAGGAAAAAGAUCGCAGAGCUGGAAGCCCAGUGUAAUGAAGCCAAUCAGGAGAAGCAGAGAAACGCCCAACUAUCUGAACGAGUGCAGGAGCUGGAGACCGAAUUACAGGACAAAGAGCAGGAACUGGAGAACCUGAGGAAGCAGGCAGAGAUCAUACCUCAGCUCAUGGCAGAGUGCGAGAGCAUUACUGAGAAACUGCAGGCUGCAGAGAUGAAGAACAAGGAAUUGGAAGGGAGGAUAGAGGGUCUUCAAGCGGACAUAGACGACAAUCGGCAAAAGCAGGGCAACAUGAAGGGAGAGCUGAAGAAGUUCAUGGAUAUUUUGGAUGGAAAGAUAGACGAGCUGCAUGAGUUCAGGCAGGGGCUGUCCAAGUUAGGCGUGGAUAACUGAGUGGCACUGAGAGCUGAAAGGGUCAUAGGUCAGAUUUGAAGGAUUUACUACCGUGUGUCUUCAGGGCAGUACUAUGUGGCACCCACUCCCCCAAGGUGACGUCCACUCAGAAACAAUCAGCUUUGGCUACUAACAAACACUACCAUGUGAGUAAAAGACGUGUGUUCUUUUUGGGAGGGGGAGAGAGAGAGAGACUGGCAGACCUACUGACAGGAGGGCCAGAAUGCUCCACCAAAUGGCUCCAUUUUGUGCGCUGGCAUUCUGAAACUAAAUCCAGAGUCACACUUAAAGGUUACUCAUCCGUUUCUGUGGGGGGAAACGGCGUUAAAGCUGGUGGUGGGUUCUUAGAUUCUAUCCAUCUCUUUUUCUGAAGGCUGCAGCCGUUCCACACCGGCAGCCUGAGCUUAGAGUGGGAAGAAGGGGCUUUAAAAGGGCUAAAGUGAAGAACAGAAAGAAAAUGCUGUUCAGCACCACUAAAGUAAUAAUUGGUGUUAAUCCUGGCCACCUCAGAGAAUUAGAUGAAAUCUUUUUAAAGACUGUCCUUGCUAUUGCCUCUUGUCUAUCUCAGGUGUGUUUGAAGACAGUUUGUACUCAUUAGAUUAUAUGCACAUAUAUGACACAUGGCCGUGACACAAAGUGCCUCCAGGUGGGCCUAUUCCCACCUGGCAAGGAGAACUGGCCAAGUGAUGACCAUCACCAUAAUAAUAACUUGGUAAUUUUUAUGAAAAACCUAAUUUAAAAAUAGUAGUAUUAAACAAAAACAAACAUCCUCACCAGUAAAACAAGAUGAAAAGAAAAUGCAUGCAGGCGAGCCCAUCCUUAGGGUUUAAAUGUUUCCCUGGAGUGAGAAACACAAAGGGCAAAACAGGUGUUGGCACAAAAACGACUCUAAAAAAAGGGAUAGGAGCAGAAUUUCAUCAACUGUUUGCGGGCGUUUCCAGUACACAGUCCUUAAGAUUAUAUUUGCAUAAAAUAAAGGAAGAAAAACUCCUUGUCUCAGCCAAGGACUGUUACUACAGAAACGUAGUCAUCCAAAAAUAAUAGUAGGAAACCCAUUUGCCAUGAGUGUAGUGUUCAAAGGAUUUUGCAUGUGUUAUAGUAUUUUUGUCCAUUUGUAGAACAAAGAAGUAUGUCUUCAGAACUGUUGUUGAUGUGCUUCCCCACACACUAGUUUUUGUUAUGGUGGUGGUUAUUUUGGGUGAGGGGACUUGGUGCUGCUAGCCGGGUGAAUAAUGUGAAAGUGUACUUCAUUGAAAACAUAAGAUGGCACGGGCCUUCAAUACAUACCCUGUGAGAUUUCUUGAUUUUUGUUUGACAUAUUUAUUUAUUUUGGUGCCUAUCUGCAAAGUAUGUCUAGAGCGUACCCAGUACAUGAACAAUACCUUCACUUUAUGUCUCCACAAAUGCACUGUACAAUAUAUGUAUACCAAAUUGUCUGGCUUCAGAGGUUUUAUAAUGGAGGACUUUGAAUUCAGGAUGGUGUCAAUAAUUCCUUUUUUUCUUUCUUUUUCUCAUUUUUUUUUUCAAAGAUGGGAAAUCCACCUUUAUAGAUUUCAGCAAUAUGCUGGUUUGAAAUAUAGUACUUUAAUUGAAAUCAAAGGCACGUGUUGUGGAAUAUUUAUGGGGAAACACUAACACUAUGAUGUUCUAAGUCUAUAUUUUCCAUCACUGUUUUGAUCGUGUUAUAAGAUGGAGCUGUCUAUGAAGGAAUUUUGCUUAUUGUUCUCUCUCUGUUUAACCCUGCUGUUCAUAAGUCAUCUAAGCCUGGAUAACAGAACGUUAUGAUCCUUCCUGUCAAACAAAUGCCUCUUAUCCACUUUUGUGACUCCUGUUCAAUAUUGUACUAUAGAACUGACAACUGUUAAAAUUUAGUUUAAUUACA